AUGAUAUGCCCCGAAUUCCAGCACCUUUUAAAAGGCAUUGAGGACAUAUACUUACCCGUUCAUAUCUAUCUAUCUAUCUAUCUAUCUAUCUAUCUAUCUAUCUAUCUAUAUUAUCUAUCUAUCUAUCUAUCUAUCUCAAUUUAUUUAUAUCUAUCUAUUUUUGUUUUCUUUUUUGUAUUUAUUAACAUACAAAAAAUCUAUCUAUUUAUCUAUCUAUCUCAAUCUGUUCACAUCUAUCUAUCUAUUUAUCUAUCUCAAUCUGUUCAUAUCUAUCUAUCUAUCUAUCUAUCUAUCUAUCUAUCUAUCUAUCUAUCUAUCUCAGUCUCUUUUAAUCUUCAUGCUAAUUCUACAUGCGGUUAUAUUUGUCAUUCCUCUGAUCACUCUAUUUUGGAAUAUAAAUUCUUAAAAAUAAUUCUUCUUCUUUCAGAUAAAGCCAUCGAUUUUCGGCACUGGGGUAUUCCACUAAGUCGUCGCUUCCGAGCAUUGAAAAUUUGGUUUGUAUUACGAACCUACGGUAUUGAAGGGCUACAACAUUACAUACGCGAGCAUGUCAGAUUGGCCAAACUUUUUGAAUCCAAUGUCCUAACUGAUAAUCGGUUUGAAGUCCUCGGUGAGGUCACGAUGGGACUCGUGUGCUUCCGAUUAAAGGUAAGUUUGGUCUUUAAGCGAACCCAAAGUUUCGCGUUAAAUGUCUAG